UUAUUACGCAAAAUUUAAUAAUUAAAAAAAAAAUGCGGUGUUUUACUGGUUGCCUGCCCGCCCGCGUUUGCCACAAAAAAUAAGGUUAUGUGUUGUGUUUUUUUUGCAAUUUAUUUGAAUUUUGGCAAUGUCCGUUACGCUUCACACCGACUUGGGCAACAUAAAAAUGGAGCUAUUUUGCGAAUCUUGCCCAAAAACUUGUGAGAACUUUUUGGCCUUAUGUGCGAGCGAUUAUUACACGGGGAAUUUGUUCCAUCGGAACAUUAAGGGGUUUAUUGUCCAAACCGGCGAUCCCACGGGGACUGGGAAAGGGGGGACUUCGAUUUGGGAGCGGAAGUUUGAGGAUGAGUUUAAGGAACAGUUGAAGCACACGGCUCGGGGGAUAGUCUCAAUGGCCAAUAACGGCCCCAAUACGAACGGUAGUCAGUUUUUUAUCACGUAUGGGGCCCACCCACACUUGGAUUUAAAGUACACAAUUUUCGGAAAGGUUAUAGACGGGUUUGAGACGCUCGAUGAGUUGGAAAAAGUGCCAGUGAAUCCAAAGAACUACAGACCGGUUAAUGAUAUAAGGAUAAACAGUAUAACAAUCCAUGCAAAUCCAUUAGCCUCAGGAUAAUAAAUAGGUAUCAGUCACUA